CACUGAUUCUCCAGCCGGAGUUUCGCCUGCUACGACGGUAGUGUCGAUGGGAAAUGAGGGGGUAAACGGCGCGGUGACGACCAGUGUGCCACCGGCUAAGGGCGCUCGCUGUACUGUCAUCGUCGUCAUGGCAAAGCCUGAGGCAUCCGACAACGUGAAUUUCACCAUGACGUUUGACGAAUCCCCGAUGUACAUUCACGAGGGGGAAGACAAGAAUGUAACGAUCGUCUACUCCGGUCUGACAUUUCCCCGCGUUAUGCAUCUGAAGACCAGCGACGAGAACAUGUUCAGGGUGGUCAGCAACGACACCAUGCUCCUGACGACGACAGCAGGAGACGACAACACCACAGUAACGGUCACACUCCGCGGCGUCCGACUCGGCAUCACCAUGCUCCAAAUUUUGUUGUUGGACCCGAGCAACCCCGAGGGCGAUGUGGGGAUUCUCACGCUGAUGGUGAAAACAAAGCGAGUCCCGCGGGUCAUCGACGCCAUGUUCGACUACAUGCUCCUGCCCCUGGUCCUGAUCGCCACCUGCGGCAUGGGCUGCAAGCUGGACACGGACCAAAUCAAAGGCAAGCUGCGGCGCCCGAUCCCGGUGUUCGUGGGCCCAGUCUGUCAGUUCAUCUGUAUGCCGCUGGUAGCGCUGUCCAUCUCCAAGCUCUUCCAGUUCGACCCGCUGACGGCCAUGGGGCUGAUCACGGUGGGCUCCUGUCCCGGCGGCGGGCUCAGCAACAUGAUCACCCUGCUGUUGGAUGCUGACCUGAUCAUGAGCGUCACCAUGACGUUCCUGUCCACCUGCCUGGCUCUCGGCAUGCUGCCCCUCAACCUCUUCAUCUACAGCCGCUUCUACAGGGCGGAGGGAUCCGAGGAGUCGGGCAUCAACCUACCCAUCACCAAUAUCAUCAUGCAGAUCUCCUUCCUCACGGUGCCCUUACUCCUAGGGAUGCUGAUCCGGGCGAAACUUCCCAAGAUAGCUNAGUAUGUCAUCAAAUCCCUCAACAUACUCUCUCUCACCCUGGUGCUGCUCACGUUGGGCGUGGGUCUGUACUCCAAUACCUACAUUGUCUUCUCCCCACCGCUGGUUCUUGUGGGUGGUUUCCUUCAUCCAACCUGUGGAUUUAUAAUCGGCUUCCUUCUGUCCAAAAUCUUGGCACGAUUCCCCAACGAGACGGCUGUGACAGUCAGCGUGGAGACCGGGGUACAGAACAACCUCAUCGCCAUCUCCAUGCUGAAGCUGUCCUUCGACCAGCCGGAAGCCGACAUCAUGGCCCGCAUGCCCAUGAUCGUGGCCAUCUCGGCGAUCAGCAUCGGCAUCGGUAUGAUAGCGGCCUCCAUCCCCAUCAACCGCCGCCGCAGACGUAGGGAGAAGCGGGCCAAAGAGCUGCGCGACGUGACCGACAAAUACGACUACCACCCUGUGGAGAUGGCCGAGAGGUCGUCGAGCGAGGAAGAGGGGGAAGAGAGCGAGGAGCCGACCGUCAGCAACGGGGAGAUCGGGCAGAGAAAAGGUUCCGUGCCCUCGUAUGACCUGGUGGUGAUUGAAAAGCCACCAAUCAAUGUCGGUGGCCCAGAAACCGUAGUUUAAAGAGUGUUUUGAUCUUUCCACGGUCACUGCUUUACAUGUACAUAAUGUACAUGCCGGAUUUCGCAGUAAAAAUCACCAACAGGGAAAAGAAUCCCUCUCCGUUUCUUGUUAGUUCCUCUGACCAAAACGACGCCGAAUAGCUCGCAAGACACCCAGAAAGCAUGUUCCUAAACUCCGAAUUAAUGGUGAUACAAUUUGCUGUCGGACGGAGCAAAGGCGCCUUACUUGGGCAUACACGUAAUUUUGUUGUAGCUAUAAAGAAUCGGUAUGUUUUGUCAUAUUUUGGGGACACGCGCAUAUGGCAAUGCAUGUACAUGUAAGCUUAUACGCGGGUAUAAAGCCAAGUGCAUUGUUCAAGCGUUUAUCGUUGGCUUCUAGGAAUGAUUUUGUUGAUUAGAUGUAACUUCUCUUUCCCAGCUAAUUUAGAUCACUUCGUUGUCCCAGUAAACGUACAAUUAGUGAUUGUAAGAACUGUCAUUUUUAUCCAAGUAGCAUUUACCAUAUGUACCUUUAAAACUCUUAAAAUAUGAUUGGAGAACUAGUAUUACUAAGCUAUUUAAGCUGUUUAAGCUAUUUUGUCAACAAAACAAAAUAACUUGUAAUUAAAGACAUUAUGUUUGGGUUAUGUCCAUUGUUCAAAUAUACUUCUCACAAAAUAUGCACGCAGAACUACUUUCGUAUAAGGAAUGGAGUCUUCAGUACCAUUUUUUUCAGUUUCUAUAUUUUAUCAGUAUUAAUCUGUCUUUAACAGAGACAUUUUGUCAUCACUAAGCGUUUGUUUUAUUUUAAGUGUAAAAAGUGUAAAAAGUGGAAGUAAAAGAGAUAGGGAAAAGCGAUGUUUUGACCCUUUUGAUCUUUUUGUUACUUGACCACCAUCUAUUUGACGUAAAAGCCUGGAGACCAAGGUUUCAACAUUAAUUCUUGGACGAGACUUGCUACUGUUUUAUUCUUCAUAUGUGCGCCUUAUUCACGCAGCUCACUUAACAUUGCCGAUUAUCUUUAAAUAAUCACGUGAAAUGUUAUAGCCUCCUCUAUAUAUUGCAUGGCUGUACAAUAGAAAUUUGUUUGUUUGCAUCUUUUUAGUUUAUGCGUUGAUUUAAUAUAGUAAAAGUCGACGCAGUCGCAAAUCUAACGCAAAAAUAUCAUGCCCAUAUUCCCAAUGCUACCGUUUAAACGGGAGCAAACUGUAAAAUUUCACU